AAUCUGUGCUUUCUUUGCCCUCCCGGAAGUGCCUAUGGUCGUCUCAACGUCGUUACCUUACUGAUGGAAGCGGAGCCAACGAUCUUCAACUAUGUGUUCAAUCGAGCCAAAUACGCGCGAUGAUGAGCCUCUUGUGUGCUAAUCUUAAUCAGUUUUCCUCAUUUUUAUUUUGUUUAACAGAGUUCAUAUCUCAAUUGUGUUACGCCAAGAGACAUUUAGAUAGAGCUCAACGCAGUUGCAUAAUCUGAGAAAGGGUCUAGAUUUUAGAUAUGUUGAACCUUUGGAACUAUAGUCUUACACAAUUUUCUUCUUUGGCAACCCACAUGUCUCUAAAUUGUGGGCCUAAACAAUUAUGAAAGUUCUCAACUUUGGGAAAAAGUGUUUGUGCAUUUGUGGUGCUCACUUCAGCUUUUUCUCAAACUGUGUGACAGCAUACUGAUGUGAGCUGUUAUCUUGUCUUUUGAUAAAGAUUGUGAUGUAGUGGAAUAUUCAAAAGAUUAAUCAGUUUAGACUUCCUAGGUUCUGUUAUGUCUUAUUGGUGUUGAAGGUCUCAAUUAAUUCUUAUCAGGAACUAACUUAAGAUAAGAAAGUGGUUUCUUUUUUUCUUUUUACAUCAUAGCCUCAUUGGUUUUCUCACUUGGGACCUUUCUCCAACCUUUUUAGUUUUGGCAGUAUGUUAUUGUUCAUGACAAUCACUUGCAACAACUAGAAUCAAUUGGAAUUUUAACUAAAUAUCGGCAUCGUUUAGAUCAUAUGACCACUUGUAUGGAUGUUUGGUUGAUUGUUACUAUUUUUUUUGUGUCAUCAUCAUAUGCUUGAGACUUGAGAGAGGAAAGAGAGAGGUUGAGGCAGCAUCAUCACAAGUUCUGAAAAGGACAAAACUUUUUCUGAUCCAACUCACGUUGCCCCUCCACAAGGUCCAAAACAGUUUACUUGGGAAACCAAAACUUGAACGAAUUGCAAAAAAACUAAUUUUAUAUAAGCAUAAGACCAAAGGCACUUCUUCUCUUGUGUCUCCUUGCUUUGUAUUUGAGUUUUGAGAGAGAGAGAGAAAAAAACAUGUCUGCUUGUUUGUGUCUACUGUUCCUGUUCUUCACUGUUUUUGCAGAAGCAACGUAUCCUCCAGGAGGUUUCCACCAUCUUUCUUCUCUAAGACAAAACAAGAAGACCUCCAAGUCAAAAUCAGAGUUGCCUUUUGAGACUCGUUACUUCCCUCAGAAUCUUGACCACUUCAGUUUCAGACCAGAGAGCUACAAAGUCUUUCAACAGAAGUACCUCAUCAACCGUCGUUUCUGGCGCAAAGGUGGCCCUAUCUUUGUCUACACCGGAAAUGAAGGAGACAUCGACUGGUUUGCUUCCAACAGUGGUUUCAUGUCAGAUAUUGCACCCAAGUUCAAGGCUCUUCUUGUCUUCAUUGAGCACCGGUUCUAUGGAGAGUCAACGCCAUUUGGUAAGAAGUCGCAUAAGACGGCUGAGACAUUAGGUUACCUGAACUCUCAGCAGGCACUGGCUGAUUAUGCAAUCCUGAUAAGAAGCUUGAAGCAGAAUCUAUCAUCCGAGGCAUCACCUGUGGUUGUCUUUGGUGGUUCUUAUGGUGGAAUGCUUGCAGCGUGGUUCAGGCUCAAGUAUCCCCACAUAGCAAUCGGAGCAUUAGCAUCCUCUGCUCCAAUUCUUCAUUUCGACAACACUGUGCCAUUGACGAGCUUCUAUGAUGCCAUUUCUCAGGAUUUCAAGGACGCGAGCGUUAACUGUUUCGAAGUUAUCAAGAGAAGCUGGGAAGAGCUAGAUGCAGUUUCCAACAUGAAACAUGGUUUACCAGAACUCAGCAAAAAGUUCAGAACUUGCAAAGGCCUACGUUCACAAUAUUCAGCAAGAGAUUGGUUAAUGGGAGCGUUUGUUUAUACAGCCAUGGUUAAUUAUGCGACCGCAGCUAAUUUCAUGGCUCCACUGCCUGGUUAUCCCGUUGAGCAGAUGUGUAAGAUCAUCGACGGGUUCCCUAGGGGAUCAAGUAAUCUCGACCGUGCCUUUGCUGCUGCAAGCUUAUACUACAACUAUUCGGGUUCACAAAAAUGCUUUGAGCUUGAACAACCUACUGAUGAUCAUGGUCUCGACGGUUGGGGAUGGCAGGCGUGUACGGAGAUGGUGAUGCCAAUGAGCUGCUCGAACGAGAGCAUGUUCCCACCGUACGAAAAUGACUAUGGGGCAUUCGAAGAACAGUGCAUGAGUAGAUACGGAGUCAAGCCUCGGCCACAUUGGAUCACCACAGAGUUUGGCGGGAAGAGAAUAGAGACAGUGUUGAAGAGGUUUGGAAGCAACAUCAUAUUCUCCAAUGGAAUGCAGGAUCCUUGGAGCCGCGGAGGGGUACUGAAGAACAUUUCGAGCAGCAUUAUCGCACUUGUGACCAAGAAAGGUGCGCACCAUGCGGAUCUCAGGGCAGCUACGAAAGGCGACCCGGAGUGGCUGAAAGAGCAGAGGAGGCAAGAGGUGGCCAUCAUAGAGAAAUGGAUCAGCGAGUAUUACAGAGAUUUGAAAGAAGACCAAUAGAGAGCCAAAAGUUCACUGCACAAGAUUAUUAGCAACAAAGACUGUGCUAUAGUGUCAUGUAGUUUGAGAUUCAGUUUCAGAGUAAUAAAUCAAAACCUGAUAUUUAUGAAACUACACAAUUGUAAAGUUAUCAGUGAAAACUGAGAGAAAUUUCAUUACUUGGAACCACAAAGAAAUACAAGACCGGGUUGGUUUACUACU